AUGUCAGCGUCAUCGGCAAACCAGACAGCAACCUCCUUAACGGAGGCCAGCAACCCACCCGGCGUCACAGGUCAACUAUGCACCUGGAUCCACGACACAACCAUUGACAAGAUCCCCGCCGACGUCCUCGAGCGGGCCAAAUAUCUCAUCCUCGACGGCAUCGCAUGCGGUCUGGUCGCAGCGAACCUGCCCUGGUCAGAGACCGCAGCCCGAGGCAUCUUCGACAUGGAACCGGAAGGCCAAUGCACAGUGAUCGGCUACGGCGGGAAGAAACUGUCCCCCAUCGCCGCUACGGUCCUAAACAGCACAUUCAUCCAAGGCUUCGAGCUAGACGACUACCACUCCCUCGCACCGCUGCACUCUUGCUCACUGCUCUUACCCGCUCUAUUUGCCGCCGCAGAAGCCACCAGCACGUCCACGCAGACAUUCACAGGCAAGGACUUCCUCCGCGCAUUCGUCGUAGGCUGCGAGACCGGUCCACGCGUCGGCCUGGCCUUGCACGGCGCCGACCUCCUCACACGCGGCUGGCACAGCGGCUCCGUCCAGGGUCCCUCGGCGACCGCCGCGGCAGUAUCGUCUUUUCUGAACUUAUGUCCCGCCCACAUCGAGUCGGCACUAGGCAUGGCCUGCACGCAAGCAGGCGGUCUAAUGUCCGCGCAAUUCGGCUCGAUGGCCAAACGCAUGCAACACGGCUUCGCGGCACGAAACGGACUGUUCGCCGCCUUGAUGGCCAAGGAAGGCUACACCGGCAUCGAGCAAGUCUAUGAGGUUCCCUAUGGCGGGUUCCUGGACUGUUUCGCCCAAGGCGCCACUUACGAGCCCAAAGCCCUGCCCGAAGAGCUUGUCAGUGGCCUCGGCGAGCGGUGGGAGUUGUACGGUGUUCGUGUAAAAUUACACGCUGCGAUGGCUGGUUUGCACGGGACCAUUGACUGUAUCGCCAACUUGCAGGAGGAGCAUCCGAACCUGUUCGAGGUCGAGAACCUGCAGAAUAUUGAGAGCAUCACGACGCAGCAUAGCAGGCCUGCGUUUGAGCAUGGUGGGUGGGUGGCUCCGCCAGACAAGCCAAUCUCCUCGCUCGCGGCGCAGAUGUCGAUUCAAUAUGUUGCCGCUGCACAGUUGGUCGACCACCAAGUGCUGAUGGCGCAGUUCGGUGCAGAUAAACUCAAUCGUCCGAUCUUGAGAGAUAUCAUGGCCAAGACGACGCCCACGCACAAUGCCGAGUUCGACAAGGACAAGAAGACCGGCUGGGUCAAUAUCGCCACGGUACGGUUCAAGGAUGGGACGGAGGUGACCAACCGAACCGAGAGCCCCAGAGGCAUCGAGCCGCCUGCGAGUAACGAGGAUGUCGUGACGAAAUGGCGGAUGUUGGUACAAGAUGUGCUAGAAAUCGAGAGGCGCGAGGAGAUCGAGAAGUGUGUUCUCGGUAUGGACAGUCUGGAUGAUGUCAGGAAAUUGGUCAAGUUGCUUGAAGGGACUGUAAAGUGUCCGAUCACUGUUUAG